UUGUAAUGUAAUUCUGGUACUUACCAAUUGGGUGGUGGAAGUAAAGUUAGGAGCUUUUGUGAGUUUCAGGGGCACAUGAUGUGGCUGCAUAGACAAGACUCCUUCAAGGAGAAGUUUGAGGGAUCUCAGUGAAGCCAAUAACAAUGAUGCUAUAAUCAGCUUUUAAGCUUUGAGCCAUUACCAUCAGAAUUGUUGUGGGAACUCCGAGUUAUAUGUGCCCUGAGCUUCUUGCCGAUAUACCAUAUCGUUCUAAGUCAGAUAUUUGGUCUCUCGGGUGCUGUAUAUAUGAAAUGGCCGCUCACAAGCCAGCAUUUAAAGCCUUUGAUAUACAAUCUCUGAUCAACAAAAUCAACAAGUCAAUAGUGGCUCCACUUCCAACGGUUUACUGCGGUGCAUUGAAGCUGUCAAGGGACAAUUAUGGCGCCUACAUGAUCCCAAGGAAAGCCACCAAGUGUAAUGGGAUGGUGACCUUCAAGAGCUGUGAUCAACAUUUUUAAAAUGGUAGACUUAGCAGCAGGAAAAGAUAGCAUUGCCAAGGUUGGGGGCCAGAGUGUAUACAUGCAAUAAAGCAAGGCUUUGUUCCAAUGAGGCCAUGAGAGCAGCAGAGCUUGCAAAGCUAGACUCGC